UGCGCAGGCGCAGACGGCGGGAAGCAGAGGGCGUGGUCGCCGUGUCCAUUUUGCACCGGCGCAGCCAGGCCCCAGUUGUCUGGUGGAGCGCUCUCCAGUUUUACAGUCAAACCGUGAGGGAAAAGAAACCGGCUUUCGCCAGAGAAAUAGAAAGCUUGCCAAAAGCAUACGCUUGCUGAGAUCAAAGGAUGUGAUGGAGCUGCUUGAAGAAGACCUCACAUGUCCAAUUUGCUGCAGUUUGUUUGAUGACCCCCGAGUGUUGCCCUGCUCACACAACUUCUGCAAAAAAUGCUUGGAAGGGCUCUUAGAGGGGAAUGUGCGGAAUUUACUGUGGAGACCAUCUCCAUUCAAGUGUCCUACCUGCCGUAAGGAAACUUCAGCUACUGGAGUCAAUAGUCUUCAGGUUAAUUACUCCCUAAAGGGCAUUGUGGAGAAAUACAACAAAAUCAAGAUUUCUCCCAAAAUGCCCGUGUGCAAAGGACAUUUGGGGCAGCCCCUCAACAUCUUCUGUGUAACUGACAUGCAGCUGAUUUGUGGGAUCUGCGCUACCCGUGGCGAUCACACCAAGCAUGUCUUCUCUUCUAUUGAAGAUGCCUACACUCAGGAAAGGGAUGCCUUUGAGUCCCUCUUUCAGAGUUUUGAGACUUGGCGCCGGGGCGAUGCUCUUUCCCGCCUGGACACUUUGGAAACAAACAAGAGGAAAUCCCUCCAGUUACUCACUAAAGAUUCAGAUAAAGUAAAGGAGUUUUUUGAGAAGUUACAACACACAUUGGAUCAAAAGAAGAAUGAAAUCCUGUCCGACUUUGAAACUAUGAAGCUUGCAGUUAUGCAAACCUAUGACCCGGAGAUCAACAAAAUCAACACUAUUUUACAGGAGCAGCGGAUGGCCUUCAACAUUGCUGAGGCUUUCAAAGAUGUCUCGGAACCUAUUAUAUUUUUGCAACAGAUGCAAGAGUUCAGGGAGAAAAUCAAAGUAAUCAAGGAAACUCCUUUGCCACUCUCUAAUUUGCCCACAAUCCCUUUAAUGAAGAACUUUGAUACCACUCAGUGGGGGGACAUUAAACUAGUUGAUGUGGAUAAACUGUCUUUGCCUCAAGACACAGGCAAAGUGUUUACCAGCAAGAUUCCCUGGUACCCCCAUUUGCUGCUCAUGGUGGUGGUUCUGCUGGGUCUCCUCGUAUUCUUUGGCCCAGCUGUAUUCUUGGAGUGGUCUCCACUUGAUGAAUUGGCAGCUUGGAAAGACUAUCUAUCAAGCUUCAGUUCUUACCUGACUAAGUCAGCUGAUUUUGUAGAACAGUCUGUUUUUUACUUUGGACAGGUGACAGAUGGCUUUUUCAUUUUUAGUGAAAGAGUAAAAAAUGUUAGUUUGGUGGCACUGAACUAUGUGGCAGAAUUUGUAUGCAAAUACAAACUAUUAUAAAGUCUUUCAAUUAUACAGUUCUGUUUCUUGAUGGGAUUGUUAGAGAACACAGGAAUAAUUCAGAUCUGAUCAAGAUUCCAAUCUUUUUCUUUUUAAAGUAUUUCUUUAAUGUCAUUUGAAGUUUUGUAGUCGUAAACCUUCCCUUCCUUCUUAAAGACUGUUUUAAAAUAAAUAUUGUUUCUCUAAAC